CCUAUCUGACUCACAAUGACGGUCGUCGUUUGCGGCAGAGCAUGGCAGGACCUGCGCUGUGUUGCGCUGGGAUUGCUUACUGAUGCUUGAGCGCAUUGUUAUGAUCCCCUACUUGCUGGAAGGAGGAUCUCCAGAGCUUUGCGGAGGUGUUUUUUACUGGUUGGGAAUUUGUAUUGGUGGGAUAAGCAUCUGAUUUAUUUCGCAGCUGUAACUGUUGAGAUGCCAUUUCCUGAAAUGAAAGUCACUAAUCAGGAAGAUGAAUCUCAUGCGUCGUAUUCUUUCUGCUUGGAGUCUACCGGUUGUGUAGGAAGGCAAACCGUUCCUCUUUGUAGCUUACAUAGAUCAUGGUUUCUGAAUCUGCUAAGCUGAAGCAUCUCUUGGUAGAACAUUGCGUCAAGCUUCCGCUACACAAUAUGACGUUGUCGCUAUUGGCGAAGUGAUUUGACGCUUUGGACGAUGGUCGUGACAAAGAUCACGCAGCGGAAGAGAAAACAGCCAGAAUGGCUCGUCAAUGACGUUCAUCCCGUACUUGACCUCACCGAAGAUGGUGACGAUUCUGAAUCCCUGCCCAUGUCCGUUUUCGAGUCUGCCUGUAAUGAAAAUGGCAAAGAUAGUCCUCCAAAGACGGUGGACUUCCCCUCCUCUGAUCAAGAAAUUCUGUCGGACAAUCAGGAAGAAGAUGAUUUGCCAUCCUCUAAUUCGGCAAAAGAUUCUCCUAUUGUCAAGGAUGCAUGCAUGGAGGUUGAGAGCCCUAUAGAAACUGAACCUGAAAAUCACAUGGAGGGGAAUGUUUCUGAAGUUGUGCUCUCUAUCGAGAGAAUCGAACCAUCCACUAAGAUCAAUCCUUUAGAUAUCAAAAUUUCAGCUCAUUUCAUUGUGGUUCGAGGAGGUGACAACAAGGAAAGCAUUAUUUAUGAAUGGCCUCUUGAAAAAAUUGCUCGAAUUGGUUAUUGUUACCAUUCUGACUGGGAAGAGGAUUCAAAAGCAUAUAUCGUUGUAACGACAUCUGUUCCUCUAGUUCCUUUGUCAGGACCCAGCAAAGCAAUUGACAAAUGCUUGUUGGAGCUCUCUAAAUUUAGGGAAAGUUUUCACGAUAUAUUAAAAUUAUCACCUAUUUUUGGGGGUAUCAUUGAGGAACUCAAAUUGGAAGAUGUGACGAAAACUUUGCGCUCAAUUAAAUCUCAUAACUCUCAGGCAUCUACCUCGUUUUUUACAACAUAUUCAGAAAAGUCCGAUGAGUCAAUUGAUGCCUUCAAGGUUUUGGUUUAUCCCCAAGGUGACCCAGACGCGGUUACUAUCACACGAAAGGACAUCAAAAUCCUCAAUCCGUUUGAGUUCCUUAAUGACACAAUCAUAGAUUUUUACAUCAAGUAUCUACAACAAACAACUAUUGCACCAAAGAAGUUGGAGAAUCUUCAUUUUUUCAACAGUUUCUUCUUCAGCAAACUAGCGGAAGAUGGCAUAGGUGGUCCAGCUGCAUUUGAAAGAGUAAAGAAAUGGACUAGGAAAGUGAAUAUAUUUGAGAAAGACUUUAUUUUUAUACCUGUCAAUCAGAGUUUACAUUGGAGCUUGAUCAUCAUCUGCCACCCUGGACAAAUGUGGGAUGUUACAACAGCAGAUGGGUCACCUGUCGGGGAUGCCUGCAUUUUGCAUCUCGACUCCAUGGAGGGUUUCCAUAGAGGUUUGGACCGUUACAUUAAAAGCUAUCUCUUUCAGGAAUGGAAGGAGCGAAAUCCUAAUGAGAUAACUAAUCCUUAUGAGGUUUCCUAUGCUGAAGAGUUCUUUUCAGAAAUGCCGUACAGGUAUUCCAAGGUCCCUCAACAAGACAAUAACUGUGAUUGUGGUCUCUUUCUGCUCCAUUAUGUGGAACUUUUUCUAAAAACAGCUCCUCCAGUAUAUCGUACGAAAAGACAGAAAGGUUUCCCAACGCAGUUCCUUCAAAGGAACUGGUUUAAACCAUCUGAAGCUUCAGCAAAACGUCUUGUAAUCAAGAAGUUGAUUCUUGAACUUUCACUAGGGAGGAGCUUAGGAAGCCCCAGAGAUAACUUGGAAUUAAACGAGAAUGCUCCCAAUGGAGUGUUUUUAGCAGAUGAAGACCUAACAGUGGCAUUACCAAUGUCCUUGCGUGCUGAUGAACAGUGCACGGCUCAGUCUAUAAGUGUACCCAGUCCAGGUCGCAGUGACCCAUCACAUCAAAUGAAGGAGGCACAGAUUGAUGACUGCGCUUACCCUCGGUUGGAUGACGCCCAGCCGUGUGAUGACCUCAGUGGAGCCGUGAGUUCUAGUAGGCAAGAAGAAAGUGCUGAGUUGCAACAUAUGGACGUUAGUCCCGACAAUCUAGAAGGUAACAAUAGAUGUGGAGGUCCGGAACAAAGUGGCAAUGAUGGGCCUCGAGUGAGCUGGAAGUCUGGUGCGGCUCAACUCAAUUCACACGUUUGGGUAGUGGAUGAUGACCUUGAGUCAGGUCCUGAGGCUGUAAUUCCUCCAAAUGAUGAUACUUGGAUUCACGAGAAUUCCUCAGCUCCAAGUUUAUCUCUGCAGGUCAAACCUUUGCAGGUCCCUGUUCUGCUUGAUAAACUUGUUCUGCAGUACAAUAGGCCUUCCACGACUGUAGACUUGAGAGUCCAAGAUGAUUCACAAUCAAGUGAUGAUCCAUCGUGUUCUUUGUUGAAUGAAGACGCUGUCAAGUUGCAGAAAAAUGGUGCGCUGUUGGAAUUCGAUAGCGUAUUAUCUCCUGAUGAAGGAAAUAAUUCUGGGCCAGCUAAUAAUGACGAUGAGAUACAUGGGAGCAGUGUAUUCGAUGCGAAGCAAAGAUGUGCUACUUCAAAUUUGCAAGCUGAGGUUGCCUCACCUGUCAAAGGAACAUUGGAAGUGGGUUCUGCUUCAGGUCUAUCUUCAGAGUUCGUGCAUGCACUGCCGGAUGAUUACUUCAAGGAAGAGGGACUUAGUCUUGCUAGUGGACUAUCUGUGACGUGCAGGAGCACGACAUCACCUUCAGGCAGAAUUUUCGAAUUAAAUGGUCAGGGUGCACUUACUUUUGGACUUAAGAAGCAUUCAAAAGAUCUAGAUUCUCCACGGAAAGAUCAUCAAUCCAAUGGAUUCACUAUGAAUAAUGGACAGGUUCAAGUUAUCGAAGAAUUGACCUCAGAUGAUUCUGCCGAUGAUUUCGAAGCCUGGGAGUCUGUACAGAGGUCAAUUAAAGAUGCGAAGCGGCCAUCUUUAGAGGGAGGUCGAAGGGUGACUAGAAGCACUCGAAUGUCUCAAAGAUUGGGGUUGAGUGCGGAGAACCAAUCAAGAAACAAUGCUCUAGAGGCUCUCCUCAGAAAUAAGGAAAGCAAGAGGAGGUGACCUGCAAUUUCUUCAUGUUUUGGGUGUUAUUUUGAUUUGCAAGGCAAAAUUUUCCAAGUUUUUGCUUUCCAGAAGUAUGUAAAUCCCGGACUAUUUUGCCUAGAAUUGUAUUAAACCUAGUGUAGAAGAGGCAGCAAUCCCAGAACUUAAUUCGUGGUGUGUAUCCAACGUAAGUCCUACCUUCGACAUGCCAGAUUGCAGGCUUGGCCUUCUGGCUUGCAGCACAUUUGAUUUCAGUGCUUUGACCAAGUCAAACAAAGGUCCUGUUUUAAACAAGGACUGUGUUUGGUCUUUUCUCAGGAAAUCGUAGUACACAUAUCUGAGACUGUCAGUCCACGCAGGCUACAAGAUUUUGCCUACAGAGCUUACCCCUCAGCGAAGUUUUGAUUUAGUAAUUUGUACAUCUGUAAAGCACUUUCUGAGACAUGAAACCUUCUGAACAAUCUUGCGUGUGGCUCCAGAAUUCCUGCAGCCCCUAUUUUCUCCUUGCUAAGCGACCUUUUGUGCACAUAGCAAUCAGUGGAGUCCGUUGUGAACUUACCACUUCGAAUUCGCUAUUGAGCUAAUUGCACAGCCAACCACAAUGACUAAUAAACUUCAAACCAGAUUUUUCAAACUGGAUUUAGCAAUUGCUCGGCAGGGUUGGACUGUAGCAUUUUUCUGCAAUAAAGUGAUAAUCUCCCAGAA